AUGGCCCAGUUCUACGAAGUCUACAUCGCCCGCUACCCCCUCGCCAUGCAAGACCCCGACGUCCCAGACACCGGCACCCGCUACCACACCACCAUCUUCGUCCAAACCAGUCCCGACGGCAGCGGCUCCCUGCACCAAGUCACCGGCGACAUAACAGCCCCAGACGGAAUGACGUACCUUGUCCAAGACAAGAGAGUGCAAGAUCAGAUACAGCUCCCGCAUUCCCUGGAAAAACUGGGCGUCACGCUUGCAGCGACUUAUCCGGAGCAGUGGGAGGAAGUGCUCGGAAGUGUACCGACGCCGCCGCAGCAGAAGGCGUUCAAUGUGUUGACGAUGAGGACGGAGCCGUUUAAGACUAAAGAUCCGUUGACGUUUUAUGAGCCGGGUGAGGAGAGGGGCCCAUUGGUUAAGUGUACGGAGUGGACGAUGGACCGGGCUAUUCCGGCUUUGAGGAAGGCUGGGCUGCUUUUGGAUGGGUAG